AUGAGGAGUACUACCAGUGUUGAUGAUUUAUAUCCAUAUGACCCUCAGAUAGAGAGAUCAUUACAUGCUGCUAGUAGAGUUCGUAGGUUGACUUACAGUAGCGAUGUCCCUGAGCAUACCUUGGAGUCUGAGUCUGUUGUGUCUAAGUCUAUUUGUUCGAGUCCUUCACAUAGUGUAUAUUCAGUUGGUAAUUUAUUUGAUUCUAAAGUUAUGGAUAAUAGAACACUUAAGCAAUUGGUUGCCCCUGAUAUUAACAAUGAACAGCCCUUAUGUAUUCGUUAUCCUGACCUUGAUGUACCUUUUGAGCUCAAAUCUGAACUGAUUCAUUUGCUGCCCAAAUUUCAUGGUUUUGCAGGUGAGAACACCCAUAAGCAUCUCAAGGAGUUCCAAGUGGUAUGCAAUACCAUGAGGCCACAAGGAGUUGAUGUAGAGCAAAUCAAGCUGCGGGCUUUUCCAUUUUCCUUGGAUAGUGGAGCCAAGGAUUGGCUGUACUACCUGCCACCCUCAUCCAUUGCAAGCUGGGUUAACAUGUCUAGAUUAUUCCUUGAGAAGUAUUUUCCUUCAUCAAGGGCCACUCUGCUUAUUGUUUACUUCUAUGAAGGAUUGCUGCACGUGGAUAGGAACCUGAUUAAUGCUGCCAGUGGAGGAGUUCUUGUUGACAAAACACCUGAUAUAGCUAAGGCGUUGAUCUCAAAUAUGGCUGCAAAUGCUCAACAGUUUGGAACGAGAGCCAAUAGCAAUGUUGUGUACCAGGUGCAAGCGACUUCGACCCAGCCGACAGCAGUUGCAUCAAGUACUGACAAUCAGAGAAUUGAAAAUAAACUUAAUGAAUUAGCAACCAUGGUGAGACAGUUGGCAGUUACCCAGACAGUCCAAACUUCUGCUCCACAAUUCGGUAAUCCAUGUGGCAUAUGCGGUGACCCUUCUCACCCCACUGAUGGUUGUCCUUCUCUGCAAGAGGGCACCAUUCCUGCAGACCCGUCAGUAUCUGCAGUCUUUUUUGGGAAACCACAGUUCCAGCAGCAGAAUAAUCCAUUCUCCAACACAUACAAUCAUGGCUGGAAGAAUCAUCUCAACCUCAGAUGGAACCAGAAUCAGCAAAAUGUUUCAUAUCAACAGAAUCAGCACAAUGUUCCAUAUCAGCAGAAAUAUCAAUUCAUUCCACAACAGAGACAAAACUUCUAG